CCGCAGCGCCGCCCCCAGCCCGCCCGGCCGCGGCUCUCGGGGCUCCCGGGGCUCUCGGGGAGCGGGGCCGCUGCGGAGCGCGAUGGUCCCGCCGGGGCCGCCCCGCUCCUGCCUCCUGCUGGCGGCCGCGCUGCUGCCGCUGCUGCCGGUACCGGCACCGGGGGCGGCACCGGGCCCCCCCGCGCUCACCGACGCCGAGAUCGAGGAGUUUCUGCGGGGAUUCCUCGGACCCGGGGACGGCGGGGACCGGGACGGGGACGGCACUGAGCUGGGCUUCGACACCCACCUCGACAUCGGCACCGUCCCCGGCACCGGCACCGGCUCUCCGGGGUUGCUGACGGAGCCCGAGAAACCCAGGAAGGGGAAGAAGGAAAAACCCCCCAAGAAGCCCAAGGAGCGACCCCGGGGCCCAAAGAAGGAUAAGGACAAGGAUAAGGACAAGGUCAAGGACAAGGACCGGGGCAAGAAGGAAAAACCCCCCAAGAAAUCCAAGGAGAAGCCACCAAAAGGCUCUGAAAAACCUCCAAAAGGCUCUGAAAAACCCCCAAAAGGCUCCAAAAAACCCAAGGAGAAGCCACCUAAGGCCACCAAGCCCUCUGGCAAGAAGCCACCAGUGCCACCAAGCCCCCCCACUGAACACCCCCCAACCCUGCAGCCCUCACAAGGCGAGGAGGAUGAAGAGACACCUGAGUUCCUGAAACCUUUGCACAACAAGGAGGAGGAGGAGGAGGAUGGAGGUGUCCGAGGAGAGCUAGAAGAGCCACCAAAUGAGCGCUGGGGGCUGGGCCGGGAGGGCUGGAACCCUGAGCCCCAGCCAGAGGUCCCUGAGGAGCCAGAACCGCCGACUCUGGACUACAACGAGCAGCUGGAGCGGGAGGACUACGAGGACUUUGAGUACAUCCGGCGGCAGCAGAAGCCCCCCAGGCCCCCAAGCAGGAGGAGACCCGAGCGGGUCUGGCCCCAGCCCGAGGAGACACAGCCGGAGGAGCCGCCCCCGCAGCCGCAGCCCGCCCCGCCCGGCCCGGUGACCGAGGGCGACUACGGCGAGGGCUUGGAGCCGCCCGACUACGAUGACUGGACCUACGGGCUGCCCCCACCGACGAAGCCCCACGAACACCCGGACAAAGAGGACAGGCUGGAGACAGACGAGGAGAAAAUCAGACCCUUGAAGCCCAAGAAAGAGGAGGAGGAGGAGGAGGAGGAGCACUGGGCAGAGGAAAAGGGCCAGGACCGCAAAGGAAAACCCAAAAAGCCAGGAGGAAAGAAGUGGGAUCCAGAUGAGGAGGAAUGGGCCCCUCCAGCAGAGAAGAAAAGGUGUCCCCCGAUCGGGCUGGAGUCCCAUCGCAUCGAGGAUGACCAGCUCCUGGCCUCCUCCAUGCUGCGUCACGGGCUGGGGGCCCAGCGUGGCCGCCUCAACAUGCAGGCGGGCACCAGCGAGGACGAUUUCUUUGACGGGGCGUGGUGUGCCGAGGACGACAGCCGGGCGCACUGGCUGGAGGUGGACACCCGCCGCGUCACCAUGUUCACCGGCGUCGUCACCCAGGGCCGCGACUCCCAGAUCCAUGAUGACUUCGUCACCAGCUUCUAUGUGGGCUUCAGCAACGACAGCCAGCACUGGGUGAUGUACAGCAACGGCUAUGAGGAGAUGAUGUUUUAUGGCAAUGUGGACAAGGACACGCCGGUGCUGAGCGAGUUCCCUGAGCCAGUGGUGGCCCGGUAUAUCCGCAUCUACCCCCAGCGCUGGAAUGGGAGCCUCUGCCUGCGCCUCGAGGUCCUGGGGUGCCCCCUCUCUGCUGUCAGCAGCUACUACACCCAGCAGAACGAGGUGACCUCCACAGACAACCUGGACUUCCGACACCACUCCUACAAGGACAUGAGGCAGCUGAUGAAGGUGGUGAAUGAGGAGUGUCCUACCAUCACCCGCAUCUACAACAUUGGCAAGAGCUCACGGGGGCUGAAGAUCUACGCCAUGGAGGUCUCCGACAACCCGGGCGAGCACGAGACGGGUGAGCCCGAGUUCCGGUACACGGCGGGGCUGCAUGGGAACGAGGCCCUGGGCCGGGAGCUGCUGCUGCUGCUGAUGCAGUUCCUGUGCAAGGAGUACCAGGACGGGAACCCCCGCGUGCGGGGCCUGGUCACCGACACCCGCAUCCACCUCGUCCCGUCCCUCAACCCCGAUGGCUACGAGCUGGCCCACGAGGCGGGCUCCGAACUGGGCAACUGGGCACUGGGCCAUUGGACAGAGGAAGGCUUUGACCUCUUUGAGAACUUCCCCGACCUGGCCUCAGCGCUGUGGGCGGCCGAGGAGAGGCGGCUGGUGCCCCACCAGUUCCCCAACCACCACAUCCCCGUCCCAGAGCACUACAUGUCUGAAGAUGCGGCGGUGGCAGUGGAGACACGGGCUGUCAUGGCGUGGAUGGACAAGAACCCCUUCGUACUGGGAGCCAACCUGCAGGGUGGGGAGAAGCUGGUGUCCUUCCCCUUCGACACGGCCCGGCCCAGUCCCCCAACGCCGGCAGCUGCUCCCCGUCCCCUGGACUAUGAGGACGAGCGCCCCGAGCUGCAGGAGACACCUGACCACGCCGUGUUCCGCUGGCUCGCCAUCUCCUAUGCCUCAGCACACCUCACCAUGACCGAGACCUUCCGUGGGGGCUGCCACGCGCAGGACGUAACCGACGCCAUGGGCAUCGUGCAGGGUGCCAAGUGGCACCCCCGGGCUGGCAGUAUGAAUGACUUCAGCUACCUACACACCAACUGCCUGGAGCUCUCCGUUUACCUGGGCUGUGACAAGUUCCCCCAUGAGAGUGAGCUGCAGCAGGAGUGGGAGAACAACAAGGAGUCUCUGCUCACCUUCAUGGAGCAGGUCCACCGAGGAAUCAAGGGAGUGGUGACAGACCAGCAGGGAGAGCCCAUUGCCAACGCCACCAUUGUGGUGGGGGGCAUCAACCACAACGUCAGGACAGCCAGCGGCGGGGACUACUGGCGCAUCCUGAACCCGGGCGAGUACCGCGUGUCGGCACGGGCCGAGGGCUACAACCCCAGCGUCAAGACUUGCCACGUGCUCUACGACAUCGGGGCCACCCAGUGCAACUUCAUCCUGUCCCGCUCCAACUGGAAGCGCAUCCGGGAGAUCAUGGCCAUGAACGGGAACCGGCCGAUCCGCCGGGUGGUGCCCGGCCGGCCCAUGACGCCGCGCGAGCGGCUGCGCCUGCGGCUGCGGCUGCGGCACCGCAUGCGCCUGCGGGAGCAGAUGCGGCUGCGGCGCCUCAACGCCACCGUGGCCACCAGCAGCCCCACGGCCCCACCACCCAGCACGGCACUGCCCUUCCCUUUCAGCAGCACAGCAUACACGCCCUGGAGCCAGGAGCCACCCACUGCUGGCACCUGGGAGAUGGACACUGAGACAGAGGUGGUCACUGAGCUGGUGACAGAGACGGAGGGCUGGGAGUUGCACACGGGGACAGUGCAGCCCCUCACCACAGCCGAAACCUACACCGUGAACUUUGGGGACUAGGGACACUUUACACCUCACUCUGCUUCAAGCCACGGUCGGAUGCUUCGGCAUCCGCUUCCAACAUCUUCCUGAGCCCGGGCAGCUGUUCCAGGUGGGCUCCAGCCCCUGGCUGCUUCCAAGGACUGCGGGCAUCGCCGCCAACAGCUGGGCACUGUCAGGGACAUGCUACUCCAUCCUUCGGAGCUGGGGUGGCAGCCCACUGCCUGUGCUCCAGUGGGGUGGCAGGAGUGGUACUGCUCUCCUGGGCAGGGCCCAUGGAGGCAGGCAUAGCCUUUCUCCCCUCCAUACAAUUUUUGUUACACAAAUAAAUCAAGUUAUAUUGGUAUGAA